GGACAACAACAGGGGUGCUCUUCACACGCCGAGAGCCAUCUCCUAGCGGCGCAACUGAAUCUCGGUGCAAACCCAUUGACGAACUGCACUUUAGAUAACCCACUUCGACAAUCAGAGCAACUAAGCAAUUCAUUCUAUUGUUCCCACCGAAUUUGCAUCCACUGAAUCAAAGAUCCGCCGUCACAAUGGCAGCCGGAACCCAGGUUAUUGCCAACUCUGGCCACGAUGACAUGAUUCACGAUGCGGUCCUAGACUACUACGGCCGGAGGUUAGCGACCUGCUCCUCGGACCGCACCAUCAAGAUCUUCGAGAUCGAGGGCGAGACACAGCGGUUGACCGAGACACUCAAGGGGCACGACGGGGCCGUGUGGUGCGUCUCGUGGGCGCAUCCCAAGUACGGCAACAUCCUGGCGAGCGCGGGCUACGACGGCAAGGUGUUGAUCUGGCGCGAGCAGAACGGCGCGUGGCAGCGCAUCUACGACUUCUCCCUGCACAAGGCGAGCGUCAACGUGGUGUCGUGGUCGCCCCACGAGGCCGGCUGCGUGCUGGCGUGCGCGUCGUCGGACGGCAACGUCAGCGUGCUCGAGUUCAAGGACAACAACAGCUGGGAGCACAGCAUCUUCCACGCGCACGGGCUCGGGGUCAACUCGGUGUCGUGGGCGCCGGCGACCAACCCGGGCAGCAUCGUCAGCAGCAAGCCGGGCCCCAAGUCGACGGGCAACCGGCGCUUCGUGACGGGCGGGUCGGACAACGCGCUCAAGAUCUGGGCCUUCGACGCCGCGAGCGCCGCCUACAAGCUCGAGCGCGAGCCGCUGACGGGCCACACCGACUGGGUGCGCGACGUGGCCUGGAGCCCGACGGUGCUGCAGAAGAGCUACAUCGCGAGCGCGUCCGAGGACCGCACCGUGCGCAUCUGGACCAGCGACCCGGCCAACCCGCAGCAGUGGAACUGCAAGGUGCUCGGCUUCGACGCCGCCGUCUGGCGCGUCAGCUGGUCGCUGAGCGGCAACGUGCUGGCGGCCAGCGGGGGCGACAACAAGGUCACGCUGUGGAAGGAGAACCUCAAGGGCGAGUGGGAGUGCGUCAAGUCGAUCGAGGAGUAACGAUGGGACGGGCGGGGCUUGGGCGUUACGGCUGGGACGGUAUUUAGAGCUAAUGAAGUUUGUGUAUCCCGUCCUGUUCAUGCGAAUAAUUGACCGGGGGACGAAUGUUGGGCUGAACUAGAUGACAGCGCUGGACAUGUGAAUUCGGCCGGAUCGGUGCAUUUGAUUCUCGGU